GAUGUACAGAGUAAUGGCGGAUGUUUUCGACGUGAAUAGUGGGUCGGCAAAAUUUGCCAAAAAAGGUAGAAGAGCUAAAAAAACGGUUAAAGAUAAAGAUGAUCCAAUUUCUAAUGAGUUUGAUCUACAUAAAGCUAGUGAUAUAAAGGUAGAUUUUUUCGUGAUUCAUGUGAAUAAGAAGACCACUAACCUUCCGGAAUGUAAAAUAGGCGGUUGGAACGAGGGUGAAAUUUCGCACAGCGUAUUUUUUGGAAAAGCUGAUGAAGAUACACUAGAUUUUUGCAAAGCUUUACGUAGGGAAGGUAAAAUUAUUCUUUAACUUUAUGAAGAAUACAAUCUGGAAAAUAUCUUUUAGAAUCUGAUGAAGAACUCGGUAAUCUUCUAUUUAUGUGUUUACGAAUAAACAGAGAUACCGAUUGUUCCUGAUUUAAGUAGUGUUGAGGACCAGUCUACCGCAUUUCAGGGUGCGGUCGCACCGAGUGUGGUCAUAAACAAAAUUCCAGCGUACUGUGAACUUACUCAAGAUCUACUCAAUCAUGGCACUCUUCAGUUAUUGGACGGUGAUAUUAACUUGAGGGUUUUGACGAAACAUUUAUUCUCUGAAUCUGAACUGCAAGAAAUUGAUGAAACAUGGAGUUGGGACUUUUUGUUCUCUAAAUUAAAGACACUGAAAUAAGAUUGUAAACUAAACUUAUUUACAUAUUUCAUGUUAACAGAUCAAACCGUUUGUAACAGAGAUACAAAAUAUCGAAAUAAUAUUCUCUUUACAGUGUUAAUUUUGGCUUUCACGUAACAUUUACCACAGGAUAUACUAUAAACAAAAAUUAGCUUGUAUUAUUGGUCAGUGGAAGUUACAAACUAACCAAGUGAAGCGUAAUCAAAGAUCCAACCUAUUAUUUUGGGGUCUGCUAGCUAGUCGUUAUUUACGGUUGGAGACCUUGGAUGACGUGGUUCAAUAUCAAUCGCAGUAACGCAUGUCUAUUAAUUUUCUUUCUCACUUCAGAUUUUGACUUAAGCGACCGUUUUCACGCAUUCUUUUUUUUAACCGUGCUUUUUAUCCUAUUUUCACGAACAGUGAUACUAACUUUUGGGCUUAUUAGAUUUUUUCCUAUUGGUUUUGUCUUCUUGUACUGGUAUAAAACUUCACAGAUUAGGUCUAUGGAUAUUUGGUCUAGAUCUUAUGUUGUUUAUAAAUGACUGAUUAACGAA